AUGUGGGAUGAAUCUAGACCAAUAGAGCUCUGUAAGAAUCUGCUUUUUACUGACAAGUCGGGCCUUAAUAGGAUGGAGCGAAUUUACAGCAUAAAAAGUUGUCGUGAGAUCGAGGUUGUUGAGUCAUCUAAGCAAAUAUAUAAGGUUGUUUGUCGUAGAUGGGACCAAGGUUGUAAGUGGAUGAUGCGUGCGAUAAAGUUAAAAAUUAAUAUGUGGAUCGUGGGAAAAUACAUUAUCAAGUACACUUGUGAUAUGGACACAUUCAAUGGGAAUCAUUUUAACUUGAAUGUUGAUUUGAUUUCCCUUGUCUUGAUUUCACACAUUGAAUCGUCCAUAAGGUACAAGGUGAAAGAGUGUAUAACAUCAUUUGCGCGGGUAUAUAGGUGUACCAUUACCAAAAGAAAGGUAUUUCUCGGGCGUAAACGUGUGUUUGAGAUUGUUUAUGGCAAUUGGGAUAAGUCAUUUGCAGCUCUACUGAGGUACAUGGCUGCCUUGCAACACUUUAACCCUGGGACUGUUAUUGAAUGGAAGCACGAUCGGAUUCCUAACAUACCAGAAUACAUAUUCAUAUAUGUGUUUUGGGCAUUUAAACCAUCCAUUGAUGGUUUUGUUCAUUGUCGGUCGAUAAUCUCCAUUGACGGCACACAUGUAUAUAGAAAGUAUUAUAUAAAGAUGUUGAUUGUCAUUGCAAUAGAUGCUAAUGGAAGCAUAUUUUCCCUCGCAUUUGCUAUUUGUGCCAAUGCAAUUCAAGAAACUUGGACAUGA